AUGCCUGUACACGCGAAGAUAGCUGGACCAUCGCCUUCUGAAGCGAUAAAGGCGGUAAAGCGCAACCGUGGCCGGCCAGCCAACACAGGCGCUCCGCAGAAGCGUAUGAUGAUUGAGGACAUUGCAGGGUAUCGCUCUCUUAAGGCUAGAAGCGCGCCGCAAAGCGACAUUACGGCGAUAAUCAACUCCGAGACUCGGAAAAUCAUUCAACACUUUGGAUGGACAGAUCCGCUGCGCGCCGUAUCCCCGGUCACAGUAGUCGAGGCCGAUAGUCAGGACGAGCACGAACAGAAGCGAAGAGACGCUGUAUUCAAGAAGGUCCGCGCGGAAGUGAGAAAGGUUUGGCGGGAGAACCUGCUGGCCGCGCCUUCUCACACAGCCGACAAGUCUUCGGUCCAGAUCGCGGAGUUGAUUAAACUUUUCGCUCGCAAGCCCCGUCGCAAACAACUUUAUAAGGUCUGGGCCACAUCACAAGCACGUCCUGACCUGGAGGCGGAAGUAGACAAACGCCAUGCCGUCAAAAUGCAACAGAGCGCAUCCAAUACACGCCACAUUCCGCGUGUGGCGACGUGGAACGAAGUGGCCUCUGAGUGGUUUCAUUUGGCAAGCAAACGGGAGAAGAAGGCAGCUCGCAAACAAAGCAAGCGUGCAUAUCGGCAGGACAAAAAGGGUUGGGAACUCGGCGCGUCUGCGACGCCAGACUCUCCUGAUGAGGCUAUCGAGUUCAUGGAGGCGUCGCAGACUUUUCUAAGCGAUCUUAUGCACUUCUUUGCGAGUAGGGCUUCAGGAAUAGCCGUCAUGUUCCUGAGCGGCCCCAACGGUGCCAGUUUGAUGUGGGUGCUUGCGCUCUCUCACUGCACCUUGCGCUCAUACACAAUCAGCUCUGAAGGCGUAUGUAACGUACCCGAACGACCGAAACUGCUUUACACCGAAGUAAACCCAGACGACUGCACGCACUUCAAAUAUGCAUUGGCGAAACAAACACAGAUUCUGAACGCCGACAAGAACAGCGACGAUGAUGUCGAAGGCGAAGAAGUUGAAGUCGAAGGUGGCCGUAUUGAGGGCGGAGAGGUUGAAGGCGAAGAGGUCGAAGAGGAGGGUGUCAACGACGGGGAUGGCGAUGCUGACGAAGACAUUGCAGACGAUGAUGAUGGUGUGGAAGGGACGGACAAGGUCGAAUUUCUGCUGUAUCCCCCACUUAUGAGUGGCAACCAGCAGGGAGCCCAAGAGACGCACUCGCGCAAUCAUUCUGAUCCUGACGCCUACGAAGGGUCGCUUUCAGUACACUCUAAUGCUGAGACUAGCGCGGACGAACCGAUCUUUGUUGACAACCCUUACCCCUUCGACAUAACUUGUGGCAUAUUUCCCGCGCAGAGGGCCGGCAUGGCGACAUACUUCGCAUUCGAUGUGGAAAAGCACUACACACGGUCGAUUGCGGACACGGCCGAGUACGCCCGCGUAUUUCGCGUUGCAGUGUCCAAGAUACUACCACGCAAGCCAUGGCUAGAAGAGUCCAAUACGGUGAAUUUCCUUAGGUCAGUGCCGAAAAAGCUGCAAGAUCGGAUAGACGUACAGCUAGCGUGCGAUCUGAGCAUGGCGUACCUGAGUUUUGAAGCGAGCGGUUUGGACGAGUUUCCUCUAGACGUGAAGGCAAUGAAGACGUCGGAUGGAUCCGCUAUUACCCAACUUCCGAGUUAUGUGGCAGGCUUACAGUCAAGAUCCUUCGCGUCCAGAUGGAACAAUAGAGCCGAUAAGGGUAUAUCCAGGACACCGGCGCAGCUGGAUGCAGACAUUGACGUUACGCUGCCCCACCAAUGGGCACUACUGCAACCGAAGGAACGCUUGGACGACCAAGAGCGCAUAGUUCACGCUGCUAACGCGAGUAUGACCUGGAAGAAAGCUUUGGCCCCAGGAAUAGACGGCGUACGCUUGCUCGUUGUGACAGCUUUAGUCUGGGCAUGGAACAUCGGGGAAGAGGAGCACACGCAGUGGUCGUACUUGGCGAUCGAUAUGAUCCAGGUCCUUCGCAUCCUAUGUCAUCAGGCCACCCUCCAGGAAGCCUACAGUUCAGAAAGAGUGACCGGACAAGCUGAAAGCUGCAUACCAGAGGGGCGUAAGAAAUCCGCGCGCAAGUGGAAAAAGAGUGCAAAACUUCGAGAGUCGGAGAGAAGUGGGUGA